GGCAUCGAUCGUGACCAAUUAGUGGAUAUGAAGAAAGCGGAGGACGAAGCGUGAAAAAGGCGAGAGAAAAAUUCUAGAAAGAUUUGGUUUGAUGGGGCAUUUCCUUUGGCACGGUAGAAUUUGCCAUCUACCAGCCCGCUGUGGAUUGAUCACCUUCGGAGCGUUUACCGAUAUUGUCAAACGCUCGUGGCUACUGACUAAGGUGUCAAGAUCCGUGGAGUCGCUUUAUACCGUGGACCAUAUAACCAUUCAGUUGAAUCGGUAAUCUUCCGUAAAUAAGGUACACCGACGCAAGGAACAAGUUACGUCAUUCCGG